GUUAGAGUUCCUAUUGGAAAUUCGUGUUGGAGCUGCCAGCUGGGAUGCUAGAUGAUGAAAAAGGUGAUUUUGUUGGCACCGCAGUUCGUGAGGUGGAAGAGGAAACUGGUAUAAAGUUGAACCUAGAAGACAUGGUUGACCUUACUGCACUGCUGGACCCUGCUACUGGAGGUCGAAUGCUACCAUCACCGGGUGGCUGUGACGAGGAGAUCGGCCUGUUCCUGUACAGGGGCCGCGUGGACGAGGAGACCAUAAGAUCGCUCCAGGGGAAGGAGACCGGGCUGCGCGACCACGGCGAGCUAAUCAAGCUGCGCGUGGUCCCGUACGGCCAGCUCUGGCGGUCGACCGCGGAUGCCAAGGCGCUCUGCGCCAUAGCCCUGUACGAGAUGGCCAAGAGGGAAGGCCUGCUGCCGCCGCCGUCCCCACCUUCGGCGAACCUAUGAGACCUGCUGGAUGGCGUUGUGGUCCGUGCACGCAGCACGCUUUUAAGAAAAUGUGAUGGCACGCACUUCCUUCCCUGGGAAAUGAAAGGAACGGCACCUGUGUAGUCUCAAUGUUUCCUACAUUUUGGAAGAGUGUUGAGGAAAUAAAGGUGCAAGUUCGUGUGUGA